GCGCUGUACGCCAACUCCCGCGGCCGUGUAAAGGUCUACGGGAAGCUUUCUCCUGAGUUCACCACAUCAAGUGGUGUCCGACAGGGUUGUCCUCUUUCACCUUUCCUCUUCAACUUCGUCAUCGAUACGAUCAUGGAAGACUCACUACCAGCUUGUAAUGCCUGUGGGUUCGAAGUGCUCCUUGGGCCUCCGCUCACAGACAUCGAGUACGCAGACGACAUAGCUCUUCUAGGAUCUGACCCCGUGACAAUGCUAACAAUACUAAAUAAUCUAAAUAAUUCUGCCUCGCGGUUUGGUAUGCGCUUCACACCUGCAAAGUGUAAAGCGCUGUACGCCAACUCCCGCGGCCGUGUAAAGGUCUACGGGAAGCUUUCUCCUGAGUUCACCACAUCAAGUGGUGUCCGACAGGGUUGUCCUCUUUCACCUUUCCUCUUCAACUUCGUCAUCGAUACGAUCAUGGAAGACUCACUACCAGCUUGUAAUGCCUGUGGGUUCGAAGUGCUCCUUGGGCCUCCGCUCACAGACAUCGAGUACGCAGACGACAUAGCUCUUCUAGGAUCUGACCCCGUGACAAUGCUAACAAUACUAAAUAAUCUAAAUAAUUCUGCCUCGCGGUUUGGUAUGCGCUUCACACCUGCAAAGUGUAAAUUAUCGAUGAGUUCAGAGGAGGAUGAGUUUUUCGAUGCCCCGGAUGCAUUUGCCUGUGGAGCUUACAUCAAACGUUGGAGUGAUAAUGAGGAAGAUUUGAUACGUUCGGCCUUCGAGUUCGAACACAAGAAUGCUCAGCGUCGAAGCAGAGUUGAAUCUCUGAAGAAGAAUCUCAUCGAGCAUACAGCACCCCAUGGAUAUGUUGGUGGACAUGCUGUUUCUACUAACAACGCAAUCACGAACUCUGGUUACCGCCCGCAUACUGGAGACGUUAACGUCUUGGGUCCUGACCAGGCCGACGGCAGACAAGCGUUUCCUCCUCACAUACCUGAUACUCUCCUCACGAGGUCGAAGUUAUGUAGUGACCACAAAGAGGACCCGAACGAUAGACAGUGGGCAUUUCACCCUUGUCAGCAGUUCCAUACCGCCACGGAUGUGACUAUGCUUAAUCCUGAGCAAGUUGUGGAACUGUCCAUGAACCCAUUACUAUCCCCCUCAGCUCCCUUUUCCUCACACUUCAUCCCCACGGAUUUGGUGGACCUUUUGCAGCCGGACUACUCUCCAUCGCAUCAACCGCUUGAGGGCAAGUCGCGACCCCGAACUACACCAGACUCUGUCAUCUCCAUCAGUCCACCGGACAGGACAAGACUUUCAGCUACCAUAGCUGCUGUUCGAGAACAAAAUGGCUUUCCCAACGUCAUGUUGGACGUAGCUGGCUCACUUACUAUGGAAGUCAAGGCAAGCCCACGAGAGUCUGUUGCUGGUCAGAUGAUCGGACUCGAACCAGCGGAUGCUCUGCGACCACAUGUGAAUGCUUCUGCGCCAGAAGUAUCCUCAAGCUCCGAAGUAGCACAAGACAGGAAGAACUUGAUUGCGUACAUCAAGUCGUGGUCUCUUGACGCUGCCAGGCAACAUCCAGUCCGCUUUCCAUCACAGGUGCUUUCACAUUUUAAACGCACUUCACAAGUUCCACCACUUACGGAAAACCCAGACGUAAACCUUUUUCCUGUCAAGCCCAGUGAACAACCGCAUCAACACUAUCAUUCCCCGACAUCUCAUGCCAGUCGACCGGAUUCUCCAACCCCACCCAAUCCAUUUUCAACCCAACCAGCACCCCCACUACCUCCACAUCUCAUUUGCACGGGCAACGUUUGCUGCUUACAUAAGCCGGGACAGCUGGUUGACUCCAUGGUUCAGACAGCAGAUUCCAGUCUGUCCAGCGUGCUAGAUUCUUUCGACUCGGACAUGGCUCCGCUAUCAACCCAGGACUCAUUUAAACGUACAACAGUAACCCUUCCGUCGGGUGGGUUUGAUGCUGAGGACCGCGGUGGAACCAUUCAGCUAGGACAGGAUGAAAAGACACUGAAUCCUAUAGAACGGCAUUUCCGCACACUGACACAGAGCAAUCCCAGUUUGACCGAGGGCAGCAAAGCUUCUACCGACGCAGCUGCUGUACAAACACUCCCGGCGGCCACCACUUCAGGACGGAUAUCUCGGUUCCAAAAAUACCUGCGUGGAGCAAUGAGCGUCGUCAAAUCGGCAACUCGGGCUAAAACUAGUCUCAGACGGACUAGUGAACCUACUCAGGGCCCAGCUUUCUGGCAAAUGACUGGUCCAGUAAUUUUCAACCAAGAUGAAGAAACCUCGGACGAAGAUGAAGAGGUGAUUGGGAAUCAAGGAAUACGCCUUCGAUCUUCACGACAAGCGAGAGGGCGACGCGAAUUCAUGCAAAUCAAACUUAUCCAAGAAAUGAAGAACGAACACACAGCCACGGCUGGAUAUGAUCGGAAUAUCCGAAUUUGGGUUCUGCGGCAAUGGUAUUCCUAUUUCAAACAGAUGCAACAAUCUGCAGUUGGAUCCAGCGCUGGUGUUGAAUUUGGCGUUGAUUCAUAUGCAGAUGGGGCCUACUCGAAUCGUUUGGACGAGGAGAACUUGUUGGACUCUAUCAGUUUGGCCUCAACUUCUGUUUCCACCGCAGGAAAGACUGAUGAUGGCACGUCGACCUGCAGUUCAACUCAAGCGACUAGAACGGACGGGUACAGUCCUUCAGCAACUUCAAAUACCAAGGCUUCGGCCUCAUUACGUAAACAGCCCGACUUGGAGCGUGGACGUCGCACGGUCUUCCGUUCUCAACCCCUUUUAGUGUAUCGAGGUCAUGAAGGUGUGGUCACUGACUUGACGUGGUCGAAAAACUUGUUCCUAUUAGCCACGAGCAUGGACCACCAAGUCCGUUUGUGGCACAUCAGCAGGCGAGAGUGUCUUUGCUUGUUCAGCCAUAACGAUACCGUUCCAACCAUCGUAUUUCAUCCAAAGGACGAUCGAUACUUCCUCUCCGGCAGUUUGGACGGGAAACUCCGACUUUGGAAUAUUCCAGACAAGAAAGUCCGUUUCUGGGUUGAGGUGCCAAUACCGAGCGCACUGCCUGUCGCUAAUGGGUCAUCAACAACAACUGCUUCAAAUUUGUUCAAGUCCACUCCUCCACCUACGCCUCAAGUAACAACGUCCUCCACUGCAGCUAGUGGUGUUUCACGAAAUUUCGGGCCCAAAACCAUAAUCACAUGUGCAACUUUCGCGUGCGAAGGCACAAAGGUAGUCGUGGGCACGUACGACGGUCGCGUCUUGUUCUUUAACAGCGAGCUCACCUACAUCACAUUUAUUGCGAUCAAGUUCACUACCAAAGGCCGCCAGUGCCGCGUCACAGCGGUGGAACUGGAUCCAACCGAUUCUACAAAGAUUCUGGUCACAUCGAACGAUUCGCGACUUCGACUAAUUGAUGCUCGAGAUUAUCACACAUUAUGCAAAUACCGUGGAUUUGUGAAUGAGACAAGCCAGAUUCGAGCUUCGUUCAGUCCCACCGGUCGAUAUCUCAUCUCUGGUUCGGAGAACUCAUUUUUCUACAUAUGGCGUAAGUCGCUCGAAGUUGACCGCAUUUCUCGUUUCUCACGGUUGCGCAAAGACCGUAACAACUGCUGGGAAGCUAUUAAAGCACACGAUACCAUGGUCACUGUUGCGAUCUUCAGUCCUAAUCCGAAUCUGGCCUUGGACAAGCAGCUGAGACGUUGCAUCGCCCUUGGAACCUUCGGAUCUCACAGUGAAGCCGGAUGUAUUACACCUAGCUUGCGCUUAGAUCAGCUACCUCCUAACGCAGAUCCUCGCCAUCCUGGUUCUUAUUUGGGUGAAUUGGUGGUGUCCGCGGAUUGCGAUGGUUGUAUUCGCGUGUUUAAGAAGCUCGCUUCCGAAGCUCAACCUACUUCAGACACCCAUAAAUGAUGAGCGAGUGCUGGUUCGAGCUGAACGUAGUUGUCAUCCCGGUUCUUUAUUAUUUCGACUUUUGUGAAAUCCACCGUCGUGCUUUCCUCCCCACACUCUGUCCUUUGUGAUCCCUCCUCAUAUGAUUGGAUUGCGGCAAUCACUUCUUUCCAUACUUUCCGGUUUGUUGUAUAUGUUUUGUGUUUGUAUCUUAGAGACAAAUUGCC